GGAGCAGCAAGUUAACGAGACUGCGCCCUACGAGCAAGGUGGGAGGGGGGCACGAGAGAGAGAGAGAGAGGGAGAGAGAGGGAGAGAGAGAGAGAGGUCCAGCUGCAGAAAAAGAGAGAAAAGAUAACGCCUCAACAAUGGCACCAUCAAGCACCUGGUAGUCGAGGGAGGGGAGCUGCACGCUGCGGGAGUUGGAGGCAGAGACGCAGGCUUACUGCCAUUGUGAGCCAUGGUGGAGUACGACUGGGGCUGUCAUUUAAAAUGGAGCUCUAGGGGGAAGAGAAGCGGGCUGGCUCCAUCAUUGGGAGGCGCGUCCACCUGCUAAUAGAGGAGGCCCAGGCUCAGAGGAGGAAGAAGAAGAAGAAGAGGAGGAGGAGGUGGUGGAGGGGAGAAGAGAAACAUGGAGAAGUGCCUGCGUUGAAGGUCCGAGCUUUUUUUGUGAUUUCGUGUGGCAAAGGAGGCGUCGAGAAGAAAAGAAGCCUGAAAUCUCUCUGUCAGCGCGUCUGCAGGUGGGACAGUGGAGAUGAUGCACAAGAGGCGUGACGUGUCCCAUUGAUGGAUGUCCUAAAGGAGACCAGUCUCAUUGUGCAGGCUUUGAACUCAACGCAGACCAAUGCACUGGACCAGACCGGGCUAAGUGAGCUGAGAGGUAAUCUAAAGUUGUGCAGUGCACAAAGAGGGGGUUCAGACUGCCAUAGAGUGGCUUUGGCGUUAAGGGAGUAUCGCCUCCCGAGCCCACCCUCGCCACAGACUCUCAAAGAAGCCCCUGAGCAGCCCACUGAUGAGUCCUCCAGCCACGCCAUAUCCCUCACAUCCUGCGUUACCAAGAGUAUAAGCUCCUGGUCCGUGCCAGAGGACAGCAACAAGCCUCCCUUCGCCAUGAUGGAGCCGCUGGGUGUCUCUGGACUGACUGAGGACUGCCUGCAGAGCCGCACCUGCCUGGGCUGCAUCAUUGAGACCAAGGAUGCUUCAGAUGCCGAGCCCAGUAUCAGCCUCAAAAUGGCUGACAUAAACCGGGAGUAUGAUGCUUGCUCCAUCUCUGACAUUAGCAUGCAGUGCAUGAGCACCAGCGAGACAGGCAAUUAUGGGGAUCAGCUCCUGUCUGACCAGCUUUUGAGCUUUCCCCUACCCAAGUCCCAUUUGGGGGAGAAAAAGGACACAGAAAAAACAGAAAACGACCCAGAUCAGACAGCUAAGAACUUGUAUGAGGGCCUGCUGCUGGACAAGUGCAAUGGGGAGGAAGGCCUGCUCACCAAUUCCAACCAGGACUGGGGUUACUUUGAGUCCUUCAUCAGUGAGAGUAAAAUGGAGCUGCUGGACCUCUGUUCAAAAAAUGAGCUCUCAGUGAACCUCUUCUCGGAGGAGGAUGUAGACAACUAUAUGUUUGAUGAUGACGAUGAUUCUACGCUGAGCAGUGACGUGUGCUCCCUGAAGAUCCGCUACGAGUCCUUCCAGGACAACAUGAGAGAAAAGACCAACGUCCUUCAGGAGGAAACACAGUUCAACUUUUUCCCCAGUGUGGUGGUGAACUGCACGAAAAAAGAUAGUGUGGUUAAGAGAAGUGUGGAUGGAAGCUUACCGAAGCCCGAAGAACUCGGACUGGAAAACGAAAGCAAAGGAGACGGUUCCUUAGAUAGGACACUUGAUUAUAGUCCAAAAAUGAACUACUUCAUUGAUUCCGGCAACUCGGCUGAAGACUCAGGGGAGUAUAGUGAUGACAGCUCAAGCACUGGCUCCUCCAUUGACACUUUCCAUGUGGGCAAACAUAAAAACUCAUUUUCUCGAAAGAAUGGAUGCUCCUCCAACCCUCUAAACUAUGGACUACGAGCAAAGAGGAAAGCCAGGUUCAGCGAUGACUACCUUUAUGAUGUUGACUCCAUCGAAAGUGAAAAAAACAACGAAAAGCGCGAAAAACCACCUUCCGAUCCGAAAGAAGAACAGGAUGACGACUGGUGUCCUAAAAAGAGAAGAAAAUCUUCCCGCAAGGAGCCACCCGUGAUAAUCAAAUACAUUAUCAUAAACAGGUUCAAAGGAGAAAAACAUAUGUGUGUGAAGCUCAGCAAAAUUGAUCCAGCAGUCACGACUAUAAGCUUAAACAAGGACACGAUCGGCGAAUAUGAAAAGCUGGCUCCUCUGAAAGAUUUCUGGCAGGAGAAACAGAGGGAGCAAGAGGAACAGCUUAGGCUGGCUGCAGGAGAUAAACACAAUUUCCAUCUUAAUGGCCGCCAUCGACCCUUUAGUUCCAGUCCUCCCAAAAGGAAAUACAAGCUAGCAAACAGACUUAGGAUUCAGAGGAUUCAAACUGUGGAGCAAUCAAACCACAAGCAGGGCGCCUCUCCCUCUGAUCCUAGGGAGGAAGUCGCUUCUAAAGAGGAGGCAAGGCCACCGACAAUAGCAGCCCCCAGCUGUGCAAGCGCAUUAGACCCAAAUGACAUCAUACGCACUACUACCCGAAAGAGCAGAACACAAGAGAUGGAGGAGAGCAGAAUGGCAAAUAAAACGGUCAGAAUGCGUAAAUUCAAAAGCGAAGCCAGGCUAAGAAGCAAGAAAAUGAGGGACCUUGAGGAGAGCAGUGAAAGCGUGACAAACCUGACUGAUGCUUGCGCUGUGCUAGAAAAUAAGGACGCAGUAGGGAGUGGGAAAGAAACAGAGAUCAACUCAGCUGCACACAGUCCCCAGUUGUGUGAGAGUCAAACAGCCGAUGCCACUGAAAAAUUUGCUUUCAUGUCUGCCACCUGCUCCCCUAACAAUGCUACGUCAUCUGAGGAUGUGGCUACAGGUGUACCCGUUAUCCCCGGGGGCUACUUACAGACAUUGUUAGAUGCUUCGGAUUCCUCGGGUGGCUCUGGUGUCUCUUUUUUCCCUCAGCAGACCCCCAGGCAACACUCGCUGGGUCUCUCUUUGGAAGAGCAACAAUUUGCUUCUCUUCAGCUGGCCCAAAGCUGCGUACUCUCCCCGCCCUCUGAAUCAGAGCUCCAGCAGUCGCCCCAGAAUUGUCCCAGCCUUACCCAGAUGUGGCACUCCCAGCUUGGCCCGAACCAGCAGUUUGCUACUGAUAUCCCUGAGACGGCCAUCUUGCCCAGCAACUUCUCCAGUGCCAUUCCCAUGCCAAUGUCAGAGAACUUGCCAGUGCCUGGGUACAGCCAGCUGGGGUUGGAAAGCAACAGAAUGCUUUAUGAAAAAAAUUACAUGCCUGAGCAGGCGCUGCCGCCUGAUGCGGAAUUUCAAGCAUGUCAGGUUCCCUGCGUGGAAGGCCAGCUACAAUUUCAAAGAGGCACACUGCACACUGACAACGGCAGGCUCAUCAGUUUCGACUCAGUUGGCUCGCUGUCAGCUACUUCCAGCAAUUACAGCUCUCUGAGUCUCAAGUCCUGCGAGAAGGAUGGCGAGGAUGAUGUGAACGAGAACUUUCUGGCCCACUGCAGUCCCAAACUGGUGAUUCAGCAGAGUAUUGAUGCAAUCACACCCCUGAGGGAAUCCACAGACUUGCUGGAUAUCUCCAACUUCACACCAGAUAAAUUCAGACACACAUCACUGUCGGAGCUCUCGCCCCCUGAGACGCCGAAUUUAUCCCCCCAGGUCAUAGGCCGAGAGAUGAAGAUAGCAGGAAAGGCCAAGGAUCUCCACAAUGGGUCCGAGAUGACACUGGAGGGCAAUCAAGAAAUGAAAUGGAACUGCAACAUGAUAGAGCAGCAAGACCAUCUGCCUGGGUUCGCACUAGAUAGUCACCAGUAUCAGUUGUACAGCUUUAAUGACGAUGACCACUUAAGCUUGGAAAAGAAGGAAGCAAAUCAAGCUGGCUUCGAUGUGCAGGUUGCCGAUAUAAACAGCGAGGUGAAAGGUGCAAAGACAAAGAGGAAAAACAGCAGCAAGCAAACCGCAGGACAAGGCACUAAAAAAAUCAAAGCACCGAGAGCUCCAAAGGGGGAAAAAGCUAAGACCCCACGACAGAAUUCACGAGCGUCCAAAAAGCUAAAAGCCUUAUUGGAUGAAAAGGGUGGUAAUGGCCAGCUAGAGGGGUCCAAGGGUUCAGCACACCAGCUGACAGAUAGCGGCUCUGAGGACUGGCCAGGAAUGGGCUGGCCAGAGGGCAGCGGUAAAGAUGACGAGCAAAGAGAGUUCGAAGAGCCAUCAAACAUCCUUUCUAACAUAGUAUCAGGGAUGGCCGAGGUGCAGCGCUUCAUGAUGGCGUCUAUCGAGCCGAUAUGGGGGCCUGCAGCAAACAUCUGUUUACCCUCAGAGGCAAACAGCCUGAAGUUAAAGACUCUCAAAAUACUGGCAGGGACCUCGUCUGACCCCAAGAAGAAAGGUGCUGCCUCUGCCGGGGGUGCAAAAGGCAGGAAAGCAGGGGGUAAAGGUGGCAAAAAUCAGGCCAAGUUCAAUGCCUCUCAUCCCUUUUUCCCCCAGUUGGCUCUGGGUUGUAACAUGUUCGACAAGCCUAACCUCGGCGUCCCUGGCAUAAACGGGCCCGCGCACAAAAAGAUGUACCGUCACAAAACCAGUGCGAAAUUCCCUCGGAUCGAAAACAUUAAGGGCAAGCGGGCUGAGCGAGACCCAAAUAAGGACAUAGCACUGAUGACCUCUUUUGAAAAACUGAGUUUACCUCAGCAUAACUUGGCUUUGAGAUUAAAAAAAGACAAACAAGUGGAGACGCUUCUUAAUGAAAAGCACAGAAGAAGAUAUGGACAAUGUUCAUUCUGCAUAGAGAACACCGUCUAUCUGACGUCGGAUGCUUGCCAUGUUAAGGACCAGGACAUGCUGGUGAGGGGAAAACUGCACACGGGCCGUGGCGCCCGCUUGCCUGCCUUCUUGUUUCUGCCUAUUUUCAAUUGAAUGUACUUCUUCAAGAUUUGUACAGUGUGCCACUGUUGAGCUGCCUCCUCUUACUGGUGCUAAGAAAGCAAACCUUUUUUUUUCUUCCCAGAUAUGACAAAAAAGAAAAAAAAGGAAAAAAAAAGAGAAAAUAUAGAAAGACAGAACCCUAAUCCUCUCUUUAUGAAUGUAUAAUAUAUGGUUAUGUUUGAUGUAUUCACACCAUAAUUAUUUGACAUUAAUUGGGAUUCCUUUUUGCCUUUUUGUUGAAAAGAGUAUUGAGCUUUAUAAAUAUUGUCUAGAGUUGAUACCAGAGGGAUUCUUAACGAACUCUUGACAUGACAAAAAUACUGUAUAUUUUUCUCUGUGCCAAUUUGUAACAUAUUUUGUAAGUGUAUAUUUUUCUUAGAAAGUGCUGUGAAGUAUUAGUGUGUGUGAGUAACCUUUUUUGCGCCUCUGUAGGCAGUGAAAAGGAUGUAUAACGAAAAAGUUUCUGGUUUUAAAAACCAAAAUAUUAAGUAACAAGCAAACAAAAAAAAAUCUACAUUUUUGUUGGGAGUUUUGUACGAGGAAAUUGACCUUGUUGUGGGAGUAUUGUGUUAUUGUGGAAAACACAAAUAGGCAAAGAAAGAAAAAUGAAGAAAAAAAAUAAAAUUUGUGAACUACUUGCUGUUUUAUAGAUUUUUCAUGUAAAUUAUUCUAGUAUUAUUUUGUUUAUGUUGUAACUGUUGCAAAGGUUUUAAAUAUUUGUGAACCCGCCUGUAUGGUGAUAAUGUAAUAUUGGUAACUUGCUGAGUUUUGUAAUAAUGUUUAUGGAGUAAAUAUACAAAUUAAAAUGAGAUUUUGAAUGCUG